UAACAGUCAACAUCCCUACACAGUACGGAUGCCACUUAAGCACCAAGCCCCGGAGAGACCAUGAGAUAGUUUUACAGCAAUGUUUGUGGGCGAGGUGCACAGUUGCUUUUGUAAUUAUUUAGGGGAAGCGUCCACCUUGUGUCCUGGUAUCAGGAGAUCAGACCGGUUACUCGUGUGUCAGGAUCGCUGACCGGUUUCAUCAUAACAGCAGGUAUAUAAUCACACCAUUGACGUUUGUGACAUCAGUCUAAUACGAGAACACCACACGGACGUUCAGUGACUUCAUUGGGAGAGCCUAUAUAGGACGUGAAUUCUACAAGUGAGACAAGGCAGUCUACAAAGCAAAACACGUCGUAACUUUACCGCCAGACAGGAUAUACACCUGACGUGUGGGACCAGUACGUGGCAGCUUUCCCUGAAGCACGAUGGAGUACGUGAGAAUUAAUUCCGGGGAAAAUCCAUAUGAGUGCGAACUGUGUGAUGCUGCCUUCUCUUGUCUAAGUCGUGUGAAGUUACACAUGAAAAGUCAUACGGGAGAGAAGCCAUAUAAGUGCGAUCUGUGUGAUGCCGCCUUCUCAGAUUUGGGUAAUCUGAAAAAGCACAUGAUCACUCACACGGGAGAGAAACCAUAUAAGUGCGAUCUGUGUGAUGCUGCAUUCUCUCAAUUGGAAACCAUACAAAUACACAUGAGAAGUCACACGGGAGAGAAACCGUAUAAGUGCAAGCUGUGUGAUGCCGCCUUCUCAACAUCGGGUAGUGUGAAGAUACACAUGAGAAGUCACACGGGAGAGAAACCGUAUAAGUGCAAGCUGUGUGAUGCCGCCUUCUCAACAUCGGGUAGUGUGAAGAUACACAUGAGAAGUCACACGGGAGAGAAACCGUAUAAGUGCAAGCUGUGUGAUGCCGCCUUCUCAACAUCGGGUAAUCUGAAGACACACAUGAGAACCCACACGGGAGAGAAACCAUAUAAGUGCGAUCUGUGUGAUGCCGCAUUCUCUCAAUUGGGUGAUGUGAAGAAACACAUCCAAACCCACACGGGAGAGAAACCAUAUAAGUGCGAUCUGUGUGAUGCCGCAUUCUCAGAAUCGAAUUAUGUGAAGAUACAUAUGCGAACUCACACGGGAGAGAAACCGUACAAGUGCGAUCUGUGUGAUGCUGCCUUCUCCUGUCUGAUUGGUGUGAAGACACACAUGAGAACUCACACGGGGGAAAAACCAUAUAAGUGCGAUAUGUGUGAUGCCGCCUUCUCCUGUACGAGUCAUGUGAAGACACACAUGAGAACUCACACGGGAGAGAAACCGUACAAGUGCGAUCUGUGUGAUGCUACCUUUGCACAAUCGGCUCACCUGAAGACACACAUGAGAACUCACACGGGAGAGAAACCAUAUAAGUGCGAUCUGUGUGAUGCCGCAUUCUCUCAAUUGGAAACCGUACAAACACACAUGAGAACUCACACGGGAGAGAAACCGUACAAGUGCGAUCUGUGUGAUUUUGCCUUUGCACAAUCGGCUCACCUGAAGACACACAUGAGAACUCACACGGGAGAGAAACCGUACAAGUGCGAUCUGUGUGAUGCUACCUUUGCACAAUCGGCUCACCUGAAGACACACAUGAGAACUCACACGGGAGAGAAACCAUAUAAGUGUGAUUUGUGUGAUGCCGCCACCUCAGCUUUGCGUGAUUUGAAAAGACACAUGCGAACUCACACGAGAGAGAAACCAUACAAGUGCGAUCUCUGUGAUGCUACCUUCUCUCGUCUGGAUAGUGCGAAGACACACCUGAGGACUCACACUCAAGAGAAACCAUAUAAGUGUGAUCUGUGAGAUACUACCUUCGCACGAUCAGGUA